UCUCAUGUUGUGUUGUGUUUCAUAUCGACUUCUACAGUUCCCGUUAUCUGGGGUAACUUGAUUUCACUCUCUUCAUACGAACCAACCAACACCGGCGAGAUCAAGUCACUCUCGUUCUAUUGCCACUAUGGCGACCGAACAUGGCUUCCUCGUCCCUCCCAACUUCAAGGAGGAGCCUCCUUCUGACGACGAUAUGAAUUUUGCUUCGAUUAUCUGGGGUCUGUCCCUGGGCGUCACCAUCUUCAACUGCGGAAAAGCCAUGCGUCAAACUCAAGCAGCAAUCAGAAGGCGGAAUCGAUUGACUCUCUAUAUUAUGUUUAUCUGGCUCGAGGUCUGCUCCAGCACUGUUCUUGGAAUAAUGGUCUGGUUAUAUCUCCGUGGGAUUAUAAAGCCGAGUUUCCAAUAUUACUUCUUUAUCAUCGUAUUUUGGUCGAUACAGGUUCAAUGUCUGAUUCAAAUUAUCAUCAACCGAGUCAGCCUGCUCAUGGUUGUCCGUCGAAAUGGAACCGUACUCAAGUGGACUUGCUUUGGAAUCCUCUUGGCCAUCAACAUCAGCGUUUUCUGUGUUUGGAUUCCUGCACGCCUUCAAAUUAGUGAGAAGUACAUACAUGUCAACGAAAUUUGGGACCGUAUGGAAAAGGUCCUUUUCGCCAUCAUGGACGCAGCCCUUAACUUUUACUUUAUUUGGGUUGUUAAGCAGCGUUUGGUGGCAAACGGUCUUCAAAAGUACACCCGUUUGUACCAUAUGAAUAUGUUCCUCGUCGCAAUCUCGAUUGCCUUGGAUAUCCUCCUUAUUGGAAUGAUGUCUUUACCAAACAGCUUCGUCUACGUACAGUUUCACCCUCUUGUUUAUCUCUGCAAACUCCACAUCGAGAUGAACAUGGCAGACCUUAUUGGCAAGGUUGUCCGAGCCGGCAACAACCAGGCAGAUGGAACGCACGAUUACAGCUCUCGCUCUCGAACUACUGUCAAAACUGGUACCCGACCUGCCGGAGCCAGCCGAUUUGGAGGUGGUCUUACACGAACACAUAUCGAACUUGGCGAAGAAGAUGAGAUCGAACUCAAGCAUCGUGAGAACCUCGAAGGAAUCAAGAAGACUGUCAUUACAGAGGUCAUUCGAUCACCAAACAGCGAAGAUGACGAAAUCAUGGAACACCACGAGAGAGCAGUCAGCGAGGCGAGCUCUACGAAUGCUCGUCACGAGCCUUAUAGUAUUGAACAUGCGAAAUAAGCGAUUUAACCAAUGGAUACUGGGAACUUAACAUAUACAUGUAUAAUUAGAGGGAUCUUCAUCCUCUGUGUACCAACGAUAGAAUAUAAC